AUGGAAAGUUUAGAAACAAAAUUUUGUUUCUCUGACUAUGAUUCCAUUGGUUUUGAUUUGGACAACACAAUUGUAAAAUACAACAUAACGAACAUGAUCAAAACAGAGUAUGAAGUACUCUCAGAAUUUCUCGUUGCCAAAGGCUAUUCAAAGGAAUUUUUAAUGAAGCCUUUCGAGGAUGGAUUCAACUUCUUACAAAAAGGAUUAAUUCUCGACUUCGAAAAGGGAAAUUUACUAAGAAUUUGUCCUGAUGGUGGAAUUCAAAUAGCGAGUCAUGGUACCAAACUCAUGUCAAGAGAAGAAAUCAUUAAAAUAUAUGGUGAGAAGAAGAGAUGGGAAGUUACUGAUGAAUACUGCAAAGACAUGCUUGUCGCAUGGAAUGGAACUUUAGCCGAUUUAAUCCGUACCUGUUUGGAUUAUUUCGACAUGCCUGCUGCUCUUGCUUUUGCUCGAAUUGUAGACUCGAUAGAUUUUCAAAAUAACGGCCAACCACAAUCGAAAUAUCAAAUCUGGCCAGAUGUUUUAGCUGGAUUAUUAUCAAUGUACAAUCGUGAUCUCUUUGCUAAUAAUAAAAGCAAGUACUUCGAAGCUAUGAAGAAGAAUCCUUCUGACUACAUUUAUAGGUGCGAACAGAACGUAAUUGAUUGGUUGAAGAAGUUAAAGGAGAAUAAAACGACAUUCCUUUUAACUGGAUCACAUAUUGACUUCGCAACAUUUACUGCCGAGUUUGCUCUCGGGCCAAACUGGCGCGAUUAUUUUGAUUUUAUAAUUUGUUUUGCAAAAAAGCCGGGAUUUUUUACGAUGGAUCGUCCAUUUUAUCAACUCGAUGGAAUCAGUGAGACUGGAAUCAUUGAUAUUGAGAAUAUGAUUCCUGGAAAUGUUUACACCCAAGGCAACUUCAAAGAUUUAAAAAAGAUUAUUGGAAAAAAUACCAAAACUGAAAAUCCCAAGAUUGUUUACAUUGGCGAUAACUUAAUACAAGAUGUGUUCACACCAAGCAAACAUAUGAAGAUUGAUACAAUAGCAAUUGUUGAUGAAAUGCAAGCUGAGGGGGUUGAUUAUAAUCCCGAAUACGAAAUUCUACGCUCGAAUUUUUGGGGAAGCUAUUUUCAUACCAACGGUGACGACACUUUAUGGGAACGCAUAAUUCGAACUCAUUCAAAAAUUUGUAUUCCAUCUUUAGACGCAAUUGUUUCACAUCCUAUUGACUAUAAAUUCAGAUGUUUCAAUCCUGAAAAUCCAUCAAGUUGUGGAUAUUAUCCACACGAUCCCUUCGACCCUUACACAAAUCCAAAAUGA